CAUGUGUUGGCCUCGUCCAUUAUCUAACGAAUUAAUCAAUUUUCUAAGGCAGGAAUUUCCUGAAAAUUAACAUCCAAAUAAUCUAGUUGUUUCAUCAAAUCCAUAAAACCUUAGGAACAAAUAUCCAACAAACAAAAAGUAUUUGUUAAAUAAAGGAAUAUAUACUAUCGAUUAAUUAGCUAACAAUUAAAAUGUUUUAAUGAUGAUAAUGUCUGAGGUGGAAGUUGAAUAGUUUCACUUAGCCUACAGAUAUAGAAAUAAUUAAAGGUAAGAACCAUUAUCGUAAUUGCCUUAUGAAAAUUCUGGAUACACCUAUAGAUUAGAACUAUAAAAUAGAUUAAUAGAUGGUAGGAAUGUUUUAGUUAUUGGAGAAAAAGGUUCUGGUAAAUCUACUUUGAUAAAUGCAAUUGGGAAUUCUCUUCUUUUGGGUUAUGCAGAUAAGUAUAGAUAUCAUAUAUCUGAUUAUGAUUUUAAUGGAUUUAUAUAAGAGUGUGAUUUAGAUGUAUUAGAUAUAAAAUUUAAAUUUUUGGAAGUACUUGGUUAUGGAUAAGAUCUUAAAUAGAAUCAUAAUAUUAUGUUAUAGACAUAUGAGCAUCUUCAAAAAAAUAAUGUUUAAAUAGAUUGUAUAGUUAUUUGUAGGAGAUUUGGCAAUUAAGCUUUAAACACAAAAGAAAAAUAGAUUAUUUGCCAUUUGGCUGAGAUUUUUGGAUAAGGAUAUAUAAACAAAUGUUUUUUAGUAAAUACUAAUUAUGAUCUUGGUAAUCAAAUUAUAGAAUUAUUGGCUUAAGGUUUAAAUAAUAUAAAUUAAAUAUAUGAUUUAAUGCCAAAUCCAAAAAUAUUGUUUGUAAAUUCAUUAACAACUCCUUUUGAAGGUGAUGCAGGAGCUUCGCGUUUUGAAACUGUGAAUGUUGCCAAAAAUGCAAUAAUCAAUCUUAUCUAAACUAAUGCUAAUAGAAUUUCAAUUAUCAAUCAAGAUGCAUUUAGACAUAGAAGGUAAAUAGAAAAUGAAUUAUAAUAUACAAAGAACUAGAUUAAAAUUAGUUUAGUUGAAUUACUACCAUGUUUAGAAAAUUAUUUUUCAAUUUGUGAAGUCGAUGAAAAUCAAGAUGAACUAUUCUAUGCAAACACUAUUUUUUGGAGCACUCUUGUAGGAGAUGAAAGAAUUAGAGAAGGCAAGGAAUUAAGGUUAAUUUUAGAAGAAAUAAAUUUACCUGAUUAAAUAUUAACAACUAUUGAAUAGGAAUAAAGUUAACUACUAAAUUCUUUAACAAUUGAUAUAGAUAGAUAACAAAGAAAAAGGUAGGAAGCAAUUUACAAAGAAAAAUUAAGAUUUUUGAAGAAUAUGUUAAAUAAUGAAAAAAAUAACAGAUUAGAAACAAUUUUAUAAUUAGCAGAUGAUUACAUAAACAACUAAUAACAUUUCUUAUAAUAAACAUAUCUUCAUAUAGAAGAGACAAGAGAACAAUUAAUUACAAGUAAUAUGAAUAAUCAAUUGAAAUUAUAUUUAUAAUAAGAUUAGGGUCUAGAAAUUCCAUAAUUAUAAUAAGAAUUUGAAGUUAUCAGAUAAAGAUUGUAUUUGCCUAAUACAAAUUUAUUUGCAACUUAAAUUAUUGCAAUAUGA